GGGUGUGCAGGGCAGGGGGAGGACGCUCCCUUGUAGGGAGAUUCCGGCCCCUGUAAGCAGAAAUUCAGGAGACUGAUGUGGUAAGAAUUUUGCUAUACUUGUCAGAGGUCCCAGAAUCUCUCUGCUGCAAGGAGCCCUGGAGUGAGCAGGGUGCAGCCAGUGAAAUUGGUCCCUUCAUGGUAACCAACUGUAGGGGUGGAAAAUUUUUCCUUGCACCCACUAGGUUCUUUGGUUGACAGAUUAACAGGAGAAAAACAAAUUUAAUUUUGCACCGACGGAGCUCCAUGAAAAUAUGAGACCCCAAAGCAAGUCAGGCUGUUACAUUGCAUAUGCCAUCCUUAGCUAAGGAACCGGGUAGGGACCUGGGGCUAGAAAUGCGAGGAGGUCGAUUCACAGAACAAUCAGAAGAGCAGAUCUUUUAGAUGUUUGCCCUGCUCGUAAGGUCUGUGUGCUUGGAUUCUUCUCGGUGUCCUUUUGUCUUGGAGGUAAGAAUGCUACUUUCCUUUAGGUCUGGGGAAGGCAUCUAUGACCUACUUCAGGGGAGCAAGACAGGGAAGGUCAGAGUGCACGUCCUGUUUCUGCCAUUUUCUCAGACUCCUUCUGCUUAAAGUAUUCAGUAUGCCAAGGUGCCAUAUUUUGGGGCAACCUCUUGAACCCCAUCACCAGUCACAUAUUUUUACAUCUGUCCCGAAUCUCUUGGCAUACCCUAUAUCAUAUCUCACUUUGGAUAUGUGUACUUGUUCUUCCCAAUUUUUAUUUGGCAGAGUUUUGUCUAUUAGUUUCAAACACAAAUAUGAUUUUAUAUUGUUCACAUGGAUGUAUAAUUGGAGAUGGUGGGAAAACGUCUCCAGGUUGUUUCUGUUGUCUCUGGAAAUGGAGAAGGAUGAGAACCCACUCUGGGUUAGGUCUGGGGUUCGGGGCACAGAAGUGAUCUGACCACAGUGGUUUUGUUACCUAUUGUAUGGAGCCACUAAGCCAUUGAGCAGGGAUGGGUAAAAGAUUCCACAAAAUAGGAUUCCACAAAAUCAGAUCGAGCUGCUACAGAGGGACUUCUGUCCCGAAGACACUUGUCUGUCACUGGUAAAAAUGACUAUGCUUGUUUCUGAUUCUACAUUUUGGUUGCUGCUGAAGAUUGUCCUUUUUAGAAGAUACUCCAGAUGUUUUGGAGAGCAUCAAGGAGAGGACGUUUCUGUCGUUUCCAUGAAUUGUGCCAGCUUCCCCAUCUUCUAUUUAUUCUUUCCCAUUAUAAAAAUAUUUGUACCAAGUAAAAAAUUUGAAUGCAGUGGAUGCACAGAUACAGUUCACCUAGAGCAGUGGGUCUCAGAAGGCUGGUCUGUGGACCAGCGGCAUCAGCACCAUCUGGGAAUUGGUUAGAAAUGCAAGUUCUCUGCCCCACCAAUUACUGAGUCAGAAACUCUGGGCAGAGGGCCCAACGGUCUCUGUGUCCAGCCCUCCAGGUGACUUUGAUGCCACUAAAUGUCUAGAGCCCCUGGCCUACUAUCUCCAUAACUCAUUAGGAUGAACUCUAUAGUAGUUGACUUUGACAUUUAGACACAAGCAGUUGGCUUAUACCUUUUAUAAAGUUUUUUGGGGCACCUGCUUGGCUCAGUCGGUUAAGCUUCUGACUUGGGCUCAGGUCAUGACCUCACGGUUUAUGAGUUCACGCCCCGCAUCAGGCUUGGUGCUGACAGCUCAGAGCCUGGAGCCUGCUUCGGGUUCUGUGUCUCCCUUUCUCUCUGCCCCUUUCCCACUCGUGCUCUGUCUCUGUCUCUCAAAAAUAAAAAAAAAAAUGUUAAAAAAGUUUUUCAUGUAGUAACAAAAAAAUACCUUUGGAGUUUGAAAGGCUUCCUCUAAAGAUCUACCCAUCCUCUGCCCCAAUAAUUAUUAUUAAGUAGGUUAAUACCCUAAGUAAAAUUCAGGAAAGUAUCGGAUUUGACUUAAAAAUGCUAGGAAAUUAGGCUAUUGUCUAAAUAUUUACAACACAGAGCUUUUAGCCUGGAGGGUCUUUUUUUUUUUUUUUUUUAGUCUUCCAAGAAAAAAAAUUGGAAAUCAUCCAAAGAAUAGUAUAUUAUGAUACAGGCUUGAUAAUUUUAUCAUUUUUAUGUACUGUUUCUGUAAAAGGUAUGUUUCAUCCACAUAUCGCGGAGUGAUAGCACCUGCAGGUGGUGGUGUGGAGCCAUCGCUUGGAACCGUGAUCCACGCCCCCCCCCCCCCCCCUUUAGUUGUGUGUUGGUCCCUGCAGGAGGCACAGUGGUCUUGGUGCUGCCCGGACUCAUUUCAGGCCACCAGGCUGUCCUGUCAGCCUCCCACCUUGGGCCCAUGGAGUUCGAACAGGUCAAUAACUCACGAAGCCUCUGGCCACAGGCGGAGCUUCUCACUUACGCAUUAAUCCUUAAGCCUCUCGGUUCUAAUCGUUCUUCAAGCAAUAAAAAGGCCAGGAAGACGAAAGCAAAAAUACUGUCAGGGUUUUCUUAAUAGUUGGAGCUAAUUUUCUUGAAAUGUCACUGUCUAACGGAAGAGGUUCCAAAUUCCUACCGCUAAUCUGGUUUUCCUACAAUUUCACCACAAAGCACACAGGAUUUAGGAUGACCUCUUCCUGCUCCAAUCGAAAGCAAGUAAAAAUAGAACUGUGGUACUUAAGGACUGGAGGUGAGCUCCUUAUGGAUGCCAUCCAAGCCUGGCCUCCUCCCCCUCACUAACUGAUGGGGGAGGGUCCCAGGACUGGAGGGGUGAGCGGGGCGGCCCAGAGUCUCCCAGCCGCACAGAGGUCUUUGGAGCUGCCUCGCCCCUCCCACAGAGACAGCCAACAGCUGAGCAUUUCUGUCUCACUGUUUCAGCAAACCUCAUGCACAUGGAGUUUCUAAGCUGUCCAUUUUGCUAAUACUCUAGAUAGUGGUCAUUUCCUUCAGGGCAGUUGAUGGAAGUUUUAAAAUGUUCCAGAAGUUUAGAUACUAGAAUAGUGUUUGUUUCCUGUGACAUGGGUUUAGGAAACAGCUGUUCAGGAGCUGCCCCGAAUGACUGGACAUUGUGAGAUCUCGCUAGGAGUGGCCAUGAGUUCUUCGUUGUCCGAAAGAGUUCUUUUACUCUGUUUGCCGAACCUGCCAACUACUGUGUUCUAGGCCCUGACCCCGAGUGUUCUGUUUCCGUAGCUGAACUCGAUGCAGAGCACACCCAGAAGGUCCUGGAAAUGGAGCACACCCAGCAGACGAAGCUGAAGGAGCGGCAGAAGUUUUUUGAGGAGGCGUUCCAGCAGGACAUGGAACAGUACCUGUCCACGGGCUACCUGCAGAUAGCGGAGAGGCGAGAGCCCAUGGGCAGCAUGUCGUCCAUGGAGGUGAACAUCGACAUGCUGGAGCAGAUGGACCUCAUGGACGUGUCUGACCAGGAGGCCCUGGACGUCUUUUUGAACUCCGGCAGCGAAGACCCCGCUGUGCUGUCUCCGGCCGCAGGGCCCGAAGCGGGCGGCGGGCCGAUCGAAGUCACCCUCCAGGUUCCCAGGCCCUCCGCGUCGCGAGCCGAGCCGCCGUCCUCGCCGUCCGCGCAGGCCCCCGGCGACGGCGGAGAGUCCCCCGUCGUCCAGUCCGACGAGGAGGGAGUGGAGGUGGACACGGCCCUCGCCACCCUGCACACCGACGACAGCGACUCGUAGGUGUGUGCGCCCCGCCCUGGAGGCAGGUGCCGUCCCCGAGGCUCCUGGUCGUGACGCAGUUGCCGCCGCCGGCGCGUGAGGCCCUGACUGUACAAACCGCUGACAAUAAAGCUUGCGGACUUCA